UCUAUUCAACAAGCUGGUGCAGAUCUACUGCACACAUUGCACACACAGCACACCUCCCCCAGGCUAUAAUUCCUUAGGUCAUUUCUAACGAUAUUCUUUUGACAAAUAUAUAAAGAAACAAUUUAUUGGUGUUCAUUGUAGGCUACUUGUAUUCUGCUUAAGAGCAUAAUGACAGCUUUCCACGAGUUUGUUAUAUGGGCUAAAUAAAUAGGGGUGGGUCAGGACAGGAGGGGAACAGGAAGAGACUGAACAGACAGACAGAGUGUUAAGUAGAGCAUGUUGCAACUUCAUGUCAACUUUCCACUUGUCAGGAGCAUUUGCUGAAGCGUUUUUUAACAGGGAAAGAAGUCAUGUUCAGCGUUACGUCUGUUCACCCUAGGAGAUGAUGGUAAUCAAAAGUCAUAUAUGAUAAGAAGACAAGACGGAGACAUUGGAAGUCAUCUGAGGGUAAACCAUCUCCUAGUUAAGCGUGGGAAGAAGGUAGGCUACGAACUUACACUGCCUAUCACAAAUACCUGGGGUGGUAAAUUAGAGGCAGAAGUGAUAGCUUGCACUGAUAUCAUAUGAAUAAUUGUAAAUGUAGAUAGUUUUGUGUUACUGGUUUUCAUCUCUUAGAUUGCUGAUAAACUUGUUUCAGAUCAGUGUUUGUGAUCUGCCAUUGAGUACAGUGAAGGUUGUGGUUUGGUUGGCCACUAGGACUUAGUCUACUGUACAUUACAAAACAUUCUUUCAAAACUAUUGUUGUUGAUGUUUUUGGUGAUGCUAUACCCUUAAUUUAUGAUGCAGUGCAAUGCAAUGAAUUAUUCCAGUAUUGUGGUCACUGAUUACACUGUCAUAUAUAGACUUUAAUGCUAUAAACUGGGUGUAACUGUUUGUCAUAGUGGAGACAUAUGUUUAAUUGUAUUUUCAGUUAUGUAUGUAAUUUAUGGCUUUAAUGAAAGAUAAGUUUGGUUUUUCAUAUUGUCAAAGUUCUGAUUUAGAGGAAAAACAAUGGAUAUGGCAGUGGAUGGACAAUCCACCAGAAAGGAGGACUUGGAACCUCUCUUCAUUUUAGAAGAGGGAGACGACAUUGACAGUGUUAUGUGCAAUACAAGUAAAGUCAACGGCCAAGAGACUGUAACGAUAACUCAACAAGACAAUGGAGAUACUAUUAAAGGAAACCACCAGCCUGUAGAGCAACUACAAGACUCGGCUGUCUGUGAGUCUGAGGACGGGACUGUAAAGAAGUCAGAAAUACAAGAAGAGGAGAGAGGGGGUGAUCCAGAGAAGAGGACACAGAGGGAGAUGGAGACCAAAGACAGCAAGGCUGCUGACAUAGACGUGAAUAUGGAGAGUGAAGCAAUGCUGAGAGCAAAGGAGAGCGUACCAGAUGAACCCUCAGCAGUGGGUGAGGGAGCAUCACACACGCAGACUGCUCCACGAGAGACAGACGCCACAGCCGAGACAAAAACAGAAGUCAUAUUAAGGCACAAAACACAACCCAGUGCAGAAACACCCAAAAAGUGUAAAGACUUUUUGAGUCCAGAUGAUGCACAAAAAAAGUGUAAAGACUUUUUGAGUCCAGAUGAUGCACAGAAAAAGGUCAACAGGUUAAGUUCUGAUUUCCCCGACGCUCUGUAUGAGCUGCUGUACGCUGUGCAGGAGGGCAGAAGACUGAAUGACCAGCGCUGCUCUUUCAGACUAGAACCGAGACGGAGAUGCUAUUCUGAGCCGGGAACCCCUCGCCAUAGUAACAGAGUCAUGUUCUCCUCGAUGACAUCACUGCAGAAGGAGGAGUUCUUUGACCUGGUGGCCACGUCUCAAGCCCGGCGUCUGGACGAUCAGAGGGCUGAGGCCGAAAGCAUUAUUCCGGUUCCUCCGCAGCCCCAGGCGCCCCCAGCCGAUGAGCCCAAAGCUUGUGACAGGAAGCUGAGUAUCAAGGCCAGUGUGAUGAAGAAGGCAACCAAGGCCCCACCUCCUAAAGAAGACCUUUACAAUAUGAUCCUCACAUCCCAAGCUCAAGGCAGACUGGAGGAGCAGAGGAGCCGAGCUCCUGGUCCGAUGGAUGAUGAGGACUUCUUCUCUCUGCUGCUGAAGGUUCAGGGUGGGAGGAUGGACGAGCAAAGGACUGAGUUUCCUGACAAUCACUGAGGGAAGUAAAGACUGAAUGGUCUUACAGAGCCAGACAUGCAAUACAAGAAAGGUCAACAUCAAGACAGCCAUGUAGGAAUUAUAUCUAAAUUUGAGAGGAAGUGAUAAGCAAAUUUAGUGAAAUCAUUUCAAUUUUAAUUUCAUUCGAUUUCUAAUGUUGUGGGCUGACAGAAGGCUGGAGGAGGGAAGACGGCAUUGCGGUUCAGAGCUGUCUGCAAAGUGCUGAAGUCACCUUUUGAGCAUGAAGACAAGGUUUGAAGAGACCACAGUCUGUUUGAGCUAACCAGCACUAGUCCAUCAUGCACAGUCAUGUCAGGCUAUUUUGUACAUUCCUCUCAUUUCAAUCAAACUUACUAUCAAAUGUAUUUGAAUGGAUGGUUUUCAGUUUGUAUGAGUGACUGUAUUUUUGGAUGGCCUUGAUGAUGUCUUUACGCAAUGCUUAUUGAGGCAGCACUCAUUUCAAACUAGUUUUACAUGCCUUAUUUAUCAAGUGCCUGAAAUCCAUAUAUUACUAAACUGUUACUGUCCUAAGAAAGUUGUAAAUAUAUUUGAUUGUUAAUGUUGGUAUACUGGUAUUACUGGAAUAUCCUCACGCUUGAAAAGGGUCAACACUGGGAUAUGUCCUGAACACAUGGAUUGUGUAAACAGUCAUGUGUUCUGAAAGAAAUCUUUUUGGAAAAUGUCUUUGACAUUCUUAUAAGGGGAGUGGAUAUCCACUCCUCUCUUGGCAGGGCUUUGGCAGUAGCUGAAUGUUUGAUAUUUUUUCUUAAAUAUGGUUUUAGAUUCCCUACAGAUCUGCCAAUGGCAUCCUCCCGAAGUCUCUGUGUUCAGGUGAUCUUAAUCUUGCUAUUUAAAAACAGAAUAUAUAUUGAAUUAUCAUAUGUCUGCAGCAGUUUCCUUUUGGAGGGUUCUUAAACCUGGAACAUUAUUCAGAUUAUUGCUACUGUGAUGAAGGCAUAUGUUGCCUUAAGAGCGCUGUGAGGGGCUGGGAAAUGGGAAAAUGCUUAAUUCUGAGAAACCAGUUUCUGUGCAUAACCAAACGUCAACAUGUACUGUAUCUUUGCCUAAUGCACAUGUAGACUGUUUUGGUUAAAGCACUAUUGCCAAA